AAUUGCAGGCACUGAGGACUAUGGUGAUGGACAUACAGGCUAAUAGAGGCUUGUUUGAAGUGGAUCCUGGAAUUGGCGGUGACGAAGGGAACGACCAGUGGACCGCCAUCUUGUACACGUCACUGUCCAACGCUCAGCCUGUGGGCGUGCACAAACACGCCAUUGUGAUCACCUCUGCCGAGUGGGAAGGUCUUCAAGCCGGUGACGUGUUGCACAGAGAGACAGACAACGUGAACAACCACUUCCACACCAUCACCUACUCCUACGACUCAGCCACCCAGCAGCUGCUCAUGCAGUCAUGUGACAACCAGGACACCUGCUUUGAUGGACACAGCAUGGUGCUGACCAUGCAGGACGCCUUCAGAGUGGAACUGGGACUGCCAGACACCCUGGGCUGAUCGUCCUGCAAGGGACGUAACUGACAGUAUCCCUGCCUUGACUGAUUGCGCGGGAAAAUAAAUAAAGACAGAACGAAACAAAGUACAAACUCUUGCAACACCAGAAACAUAUGUAAUUUAUUGUAACAGUUUUUUUUUCCUGCUGAA